AUGUCACAGGCGGGUCCAUCGAAUUUGCAAGUUCCAGCAACUGAAAAGUCGCAGGACAUUACCUCGAAAGGGGAGGCUGGUCUUCCUCAACCUGCGGUCCAGCAGCAGCGGCCGAACAAGCGUUUGGUCCAUCCCUCCAUCAUUAUUGCCAUUUGGAUCGCAUUCAGCAGCGGUGUUAUCGUGUACAACAAGUACCUGCUGGUGAAUCUGAAUUACCCCUUUCCAGUAUUCCUGACGACAUUCCACAUGUCAUUUGCUGCGGUGGGAACACGCCUCCUUGCCCGGUAUACGACUUUAUUGAAUGGCCUUUCGAGCGUGGAAAUGACAAUGGAUCGUUGGUAUCGCAAUAUCCUACCGAUUGGAGCAUUGUUUUCUGCUAGUCUGAUUCUCAGCAACAUGGCGUAUUUGCACCUCAGCGUGCCAUUCAUCCAAAUGCUCAAGGCGUUUACGCCUGUGGCCGUACUCAUUAUUUCGUUCUCAUUUGGGCUCAAGCAACUAUCGACGACGCUUACUGCCAUUGUAACAAUGAUCUCUUUCGGUGUCGCGAUGGCAUCUUAUGGUGAGCUUGACUUUAACAUGACAGGGUUUAUUUUCCAGGUCUUGGCCAUUGCGUUCGAAAGCACGCGUCUUGUCAUGGUGCAAGUGCUUCUGCAAGGCCUGAAGAUGGACCCAUUGGUCAGUUUGUACUAUUUUGCACCCGUAUGUGCAGCAUUCAACAUGGUUAUUUUGCCAUUUGCCGAGGGACUAAAGCCAUUCCGCAUGCUCGCCCAGCUUGGUCCUUUCGUACUAGUGUCCAACGCUGGUGUCGCUUUCGGUCUAAAUGUGGCAUCCGUCUUCCUCAUUGGUGCUGCAUCCUCACUGACUCUCACGUUGGCCGGUGUCUUGAAGGACAUCCUACUUAUUCUUGGUUCGAUGUGGAUCCUAGGCAGCACCGUGACGGGACUCCAGUUCGUUGGCUAUGGCAUUGCUCUCGCAGGUCUCGUGCUUUUCAAGACGCACAAAGGCUGA